AUGAAUAACAUCAAAAGAUUACUAAUAGCGCCCAGCUUGUCUAGAUCAAGUUCAACAGCUCCAGCAGAAUUUAUAAACAGAAACCCUCGGAACUUGGAAAAAAUAAGGAUCGCUCGCAAACCUGAUGGUUAUCACUUGGAAGCUCCAGGCAGGAAAUUCUGGCAUAAGCUCACACUAAUAGCAAGCAACCGCACAGUAACAGCCCAAGUAGUCCAUUUCGUGAAUGGUCCAGUAAUAGAAGCUAAAACGUCAGAAUGGGCUCUACGUAAACAGCUCUACAGCAUCAAGGACACAUGCGCAUACAUCAAUUUAGGCAAAGUCUUCGCUCAACGGUGUUUAGAAAGCGGUAUUACUGAGAUGUAUUGUGAUAUAAAGCCAGUAGAAGGUGGGAAAGUCGACAGAUUCAUCAAAGAGGUUGUCAAUGGUGGCAUCAAAUUGGAAGAACCUGAAGUCUACAAGAAACCAAGUCCGUGGGACUUACUUCGACCAGAAAAACCAUGGGAGGUUGCUGAGGAAUAA